UUCUUUUCAACUAGCCCAGAAUUGAGCAACAAACAGCGGUUUGAGUAUUUCCUGAGAACAGUACCAUCAGAUACAAACCAAGCAGACGCAAUGGUUCAAAUCAUCAAGCGUUUAAACUGGACUUACAUAUCCAUUUUGUACGAAGAAUCUAAUUAUGGAAUACAAGCUUUUACGGUUUUGGAAGAGUUGCUGUCAAAGAAUAGUAUCUGUAUAGCUGUCAAAGAAAGGCUUACAAAGGAUUCCGGAGUUGCAGGAGAUUCCAAUUAUGAUAACAUCGUUAGAAGACUGAUGGAAAAACCCAGUGCAAGAGGUGUUAUUAUAUUUGGCUCAGACCAAGAAGUAGCUGGAGUGAUGCGAGCAGUUCGUCGAAGCAAUAGUACUGGAGUAUUUUCCUGGAUAGGCAGCGAUGGUUGGAGUGGUCGUUCUCUGGUGUCCGAUGGAAAUGAAGAUCAAGUAGAGGGUACAAUUUCUGUCCAGCCUCGUGCGCAUCCCGUGAAAGGUUUCGACCAGUAUUUCCAAAGAUUAACAGUUCAGAACAAUACUCGAGACCCUUGGUUUAUUGAAUUCUGGGAGCACUUUUUCAAUUGCAAAUGGCCAGACAGUAUUAUAACACCUUACAACCAACAAUGGUCAAAGUUUUGUACCGGAGAAGAAGUCAUAUCGAACGAAACAGGAUAUGAAGCUGAAAAGCAGCUUCAGUUUGUGAGUGAUUCAGUACUCGCAUUUGCUUUUGCUUUAAAAAAUUUGCAUAGUGAUGUGUGCGAAGGUAAACGUGGUUUGUGUGAAAAGAUGAAUCCAGUUGAUGGAGCUGAGCUGCUUACUUAUUUAAAAAACGUAUCGUUUAAAGGACUUAGUGGUGACGAAUUCCAGUUCGCUAACAAUGGCGAUGGUCCGGCUCGCUAUAAUAUAAUUCACUUCAAGCAAAUCUCUCCAGGACAUUACAAAUGGGUCCGUGUGGGUGAAUAUAAGGAUGGUGAACUGAAGAUCAGCUUGCCGGACAUUCGCUUCCGUUUAGAUGAACCGGAAAUGCCAACAUCUGUCUGCAGUCUCCCUUGUUCAGUUGGCCAAGCUAAGAAGUACGUGGAAGGUGGGAAGUGCUGCUGGCAUUGCUUCAAUUGCACAAAGUACCAAAUUCUCAGAUCUGAAACGACAUGUUAUGAUUGUCCUUUGGGAUAUCUUCCUAAUGCUGAUCAUAGUAAGUGUGAAGCUAUAGUAUUGAAAUAUAUGAGAUUAGACAGCUACUGGGCUACUGGUAUAAUGGUUUUUGCUUCAGUAGGAAUUCUUAUAACGAUAUUUGUGGGAGCUGUGUUCUUUAAAUACCGUGAUACACCAGUAGUAAAAGCAUCAGGAAGGGAGCUAAGUUAUGUUCUGCUUAUGGGCAUAUUCCUCUGCUAUGCUAUAACAUUUCUUUUGGUGCAACGACCAUCGGACAUUAAAUGCGGAGCUCAGAAAAUCGGUAUUGGGCUCUGUUUCACUAUCGUAUACAGUGCUGUUCUCACGAAAACUAAUAGAAUAGACCGCAUAUUUAGAUCAGGAGCACGAAGCACAAAGCGUCCAAAUUUCAUCAGUCCGAAAUCCCAACUAAUAAUAUGUGGUGGAAUUAUCAGCAUACAACUUAUAUUAUCAGCCAUGUGGCUAGGAUUCAGUCCACCUCGCGCAAUUAAUUAUCAUCCUACGAGAGACGAGAAUCAUCUUGUAUGUGCUGCCUCAAUAAAUGCUACAUAUAUGGUGGCAUUCGCUUAUCCAAUGGUUUUAAUUCUCAUAUGUACUGUAUACGCAAUACUUACAAGAAAAAUACCAGAGGCAUUUAAUGAAUCCAAAUUCAUCGGUUUCACUAUGUAUACUACUUGCGUAGUGUGGUUAGCAUUUAUACCAUUGUACUUUACAACCACAGAUCACGAUGAGAUAAAUGUCUUCACCAUGUCUAUAACUGUUAGCCUAAGUGCAACAGUCACACUUUUCUGCCUUUUCACUCCUAAGUUAUACAUUAUUCUGGUGCAUCCUGAGAAAAAUGUGCGUCAGUCCUUAAUGGUCCAAAGCAAGUGUACACCUAGUAAUGAGAAACGAGUGACAUCAGCGAACAAAAUUGACAGCACAAUAGUUGCAGAGG